AUGGCAUCCGUGUUGUUUGUGUGGCCAUUUCUAAUACUACCGUGUCUCAGAUGCCAGUAUUUGGUUGAUAAUUCAAAUUUAGAGUGGAGUUUGGGGAGUCAAAAAUGUCAAAACAGCUGGACCUGUGCUGAUAACGCGAGCGACGUGACAAAUCUGUGCGCGUGUGAUGACGCGUGUAAUAUCUACGACGACUGUUGCUUGGAUGGUAACAGUGAUAUCGGUUUUCAACAUAACUAUUUAUCAUGUAAAUAUGUGCCGGAAAUUAAAGAAAAGGCUUACUUAUACAUCAUAGAAAAUUGUCCUGAUGUUAACAAUAACGACCAGUUGAAGAUGUUGUGUGAAAAUGGAACAUUUAGUGACGACAUCACGAUUCGAACCCCGGUCUCUGGUGUUAAAACCGGGUUCCUAUAUCGGAACAUGUACUGCGCUAUGUGUCACCGUGAAGAUUAUACGACAUGGAGAUCGGGAAUCGACUGUAAUUGGAAAGUAGACAAUUAUGGAAGAAAUUAUUCUUUUGUUGAUCUCCGAAACGACUCCAACUGUAGAAUUAUUUUCGAACCGCCGCCAUCUUUUGUAGAUUUGGAACCUAGAGAAUGCCUCCCUGUCAUUGACAAGUGUGAAGGGAAGUCUAACGACAGAUGCCGAACAGAAAGCAGGGCUCUUGUGUUUGGUAAUGCAAUAUAUAAAAAUAUAUAUUGUGCGGGAUGUAAUGGUGAAGUUCUGGCGAACCUGUCUUGUGAUCCUUUUAGUGUAAAAAUCUUCCCGAAAGCCCCUAACAAGCGGAAGCCCAUAAAUUACAGUUACCGAUUGCUGGUCGACCUGCAUGCAUUGACAAGUAUUAGUGUGUCUUCAGCCCGAAGAGGUGCCGUCAGAGAGAACCGGCAUGACAUAUCGAGCCUUUGUGUCGAACCCUCGGUAUUUGACCCUUUGGCUGAAAUAUGCCGGCAAGUACUUUGCGUUUCACCAUUUAUAUAUAAAGACAAAAAGUGCAAGCUAACAUCGACAUCAUAUGUAAUUAACCCAAAACCAGCAGCGGAUGACGAAGUCCACCUUACCUGUCCAUUUUUACGUCUCAACCAAAGUGAAUACAAAAUCAUCAACACUGAUCAAGUGUUUAUUUUAUCAUCUGGGUCUAUUUACAGUAAGAACGAGUCUUACAUAGGCGAUGGGUUCGUGUUGGUAUGUGUCCAGGAACCAGCGAAUGAAACCGGUGGGCCGGACACCGUCGGUGUAACAUUGCUCUUUACAAGUACGGAGAGCAUUCUAUCGGUUGUGUGUCAGUGUUUAUCAAUCUUGGCCCUGUGUCUCGGAUUGAUAAUAUACGCCUGCUUUCCCAAAUUGCAAAAUAUCCCUGGUAAGAACUUGAUCUGUUUGAUGGCUAGUCUUCUCGCCGCACAGAUGCUCUUCAUCUCGGCUCCAAUAGCAAUUGAUAUUGUCCAUCUGUGUACUCUCCUUGCAAUAGUAAUGCAUUAUACAUACCUAGCCGCAUUUUUUUGGAUGAACAUUAUGGCAGUAGAUAUAUUCUUAACAUUUUCAAGGAGUUUUGCGAAGUCAAGAACUGAUAAUUUGAAUCAUUUCGUUUCGUAUUCUUUAUAUUGCUGGCUGACACCUGCUGUUAUCGUUUGUGUUGCAAUGAUAUUUGAUUUCACGCCUAUCGAAACAGACUCUAAACCUAAGUAUGGCGUGGUCGUCUGCUGGAUUUCCAACAGUUACGCAUUGUUGUAUUUUUUCUUAGUCCCCUUACUUGUCCUGGUCUCCGUGAACAUGGUGUUGUUCCUUUUCACGGCCAGGGCCAUAUAUGUAUCCGACAAAAGUACAUCAAGUAUUCUCAAAAAGCAACAAACAUGUAAGUUACUCAUAUAUCUGAAGUUGUCGACUGUCAUGGGUUUCACGUGGGCUUUCGCAUGUGUCGCCACUUUCACAAAUUUGCCGCCAUUUUGGUAUUUGUUUAUAAUUUUCAAUGCUUUACAGGGCGUUCUCAUUUUUCUGUCCUUCGUAUGUUCCAAAAAAGUUAUUCGUCUUCUGAAAUUGGCUUGGCCUGUCUGUUGUCUUCGGUUCUGUCCGGCGAAAUAUAACACAAGUACACAGAGCUCGAGUGACACAUCGUCCAGGUCAAACAAAACCUUGAUGUCCGUCAUCUCAUUUAAGUCUAACAAUAGUGAGAACGGUGAGACUGCCUGUUAG